CACCACCGGCAAACUUGCACGGAGCUUGAAGCGGCACUCGCGGCGAAGCAAGAUCUCGGCCGAGUGAAGCCAUUAGUAGGCGCACGACGGGCGAGCAAAAUAUCAACAUUUGUGGUGUCCCGAGGAGAAUCGGCGGCCGACCAGACUCGGCUCAGUGCAGAUCGCUGGACACGGAUAUGUGUGUCACAUCUCCUCAGUCGUGAUCAAUAUGCAGAAUUGCGAUUAGAGAGCGUCGUGUUGUUGUUGUUCGCACCCCCGAUUGGCCGUCGUCCUCCUCUCAAACGAAGAAGAAUAAUGCAAGCGUGGUGAGAUAUGCCGACGUCGCCGCCAGCCGCCGCAGCCGCCUCCUCACCUUCGUCAGGGCCGCACCCUGAGCAGCAGCGCAGCCAGCAGGACGACGCGGGCACGACGGACGCGGCCAAGAAAGCAGCCGGGGUGGCGCUCUACGGCGAACUGGUGAUCCUAGGGUAUAAUGGGUUCCUUCCUCCGGUGGACCGCGGCCGGCGCAGGAGCAAGUUUAUGCUUUUCAAACGACCUGAGCCCAACGGCGUCAAAAGAUCAAAACAUUACGUCGUCAAAACGCCGCACUCGUCGCAGGCAAUCUUGGACAAGGACCAGCAUUCAAUUUCGUACACCUUGUCAAGACACCAAGCCGUCAUCGUCGAAUACAUGCCUGAUGAAGCAACGGACAUGUUCCAGAUCGGACGUUCGUCUGAGCAGCCGAUAGACUUUGUCCUGAUGGACACGAUUCCUGGCGACAAAACCGGCGAGCAACGAGUUAUGCAGAGCACCAUUUCUAGAUUUGCGUGUCGAAUCCUGGCCGAGAGGACGAAUCCGCGCAUCGCCCGAAUUUUCGCCGCCGGCUUCGACUCGUCCAGGAACAUAUUUUUAGGGGAAAGAGCGACCAAGUGGCAAUCGCGGGGCGAAAUCGACGGGCUGACGACGAACGGGGUGCUGAUCAUGCACCCGCGCGGCUCGUUCACCGAGCACUCGCCCGAGGAGGAGGAGGCGAUGGAGUCGGACGGGAGCACGCCGGGCGGGCUGUGGCGCGAGGUGUCCGUCGGCGGGGGCGUGUUCACGCUGCGGGAGUCGCGGUCGGCGCAGCAGAAGGGGCUGCCGGUGGAGAACGAGGACAACGUCCUGCAGGACGGCACCCUGAUCGACCUGUGCGGCGCCACGCUGCUGUGGCGCUCGGCCGAGGGCUUGGCCAACUCGCCGUCCAAGGCCGACCUCGAGAAGAUGGUCGACCAGAUCAACGCGGGCCGCCCCCAGUGCCCCGUCGGCCUCAACACCCUCGUCAUCCCCCGCAACAAGAUUUACCUCGGCUCGGGCAGCACCCAGCCCUACGUCUACAUCAACUGCGGACACGUCCAGGGACACCACGACUGGGACAAGAGCUCCGGCGGCGUCCGCAAGUGUCCGCUCUGCACCAAAGCCGGUCCCGUGGUGAUGUUGUGCAUGGGAAUCGAACCCGCGUUUUACGUCGACCAGGGCCAGCCCACACAUGCCUUUAACCCAUGCGGCCACAUGACUUCUGAGAAAACCGUCAAGUACUGGGCCAACGUGGCCAUCCCGCACGGCACCAACGGUUUCGACGCCGUGUGUCCGUUUUGCGCAAGCCCCCUCGAGGGCAAGCCGGGCUACGUCAAACUCAUAUUCCAAGACAACGUCGACUAGACGGCCUCGAGAGUGCUAUACUAGGCUUAGGAACAUUAUAGCAAGGUAAGCUAUGCAAUCGCAGCAGGACCAAGCUAGUGAGGGGUAGAUUUUUUGCUGAACCAAGAAGUGCAGGUGGUGCCGCCGUUGAAUCAAAGUGUCCGAUCACUGGAUAAUUAAUAACUGUACAUAUGUGACUUGUAUAACUUGUGUGGUGAUGCAACCGGGGUCUGAUUUUUGCGAAAUUUUACUUUUGAUUCUCACUCUCUCUCACUUCCGACGCCGAGUUUUACGUUUUGACGAAAUAACGGCUCAAUAUGCCGGCUACUGUUCCAUGGCAAUCGUGUAUUUAAAGAAGAAAAGAAAACUAAACAAAUUUCUCGCUGUGGCGUUUUUUAAGGUUUUAAAACGCUCGCCAAAACUUGUAGGGAAGCAAUUAAUUUAUUAAAUACUUUUUUCUGUUAUUAUGACGAUGAGGACGAAUUUCUGAUGCUCUUUUUUAUUGGCUUGUUUCAAUCUGUAAUGAGGCUUUCUGUGUACCUCCUCUGCUGUUGAAAUUCUUGUUGCCAUCAAUUUUAUAUAUGUAUAUUUAUUUUAUUAUUCUCCCCCAUUCAAAAGUUCUUGUACGCUUUGAAUGUUGUUUAUACAUAUAUGUACGCUUUUAUUCUGACCGACAUUUUUUAUACCUUAGUUUUUCGAACAAUAAUUUGUACGCAUCAGCUCUUCUAAUUAUAAUCAUUGCCAAUUAAUUCAUUGUAAUCUUACAAUAUGCUGCAUUAUUCCAUCGAUCAAUUACAAAAUGCAAUCCAAUCCCUUGCUAGUCAGAACAAAACUUGUAAUUCCACGUUGCAAUUUUUUUUAUUCAUUGGACACUCAAAUUAUAUUUGACAUUUUAAAUUUAAAAUAAAAAAAUCACUAAUUUACAUUUUGAAAGGAGAAUGCAGACUUUGCCAUGUUCAGAGCUUAUAUUGUCUGGGUUCAAAUAUUGUGAGGAGGCGGGCAAUGAUUAUUUCCAUUCAUUGACUUGAUUGCUAAAUUUCUCUAAUGGCUCAUUGUGCUUUCUUUUUAUAUAAAAUAUUGUAUGAUGACUUAAUUGACAAAUCGCUGAUCUAAAAUAAACAAUGAAACACAAACCAA